AAAUAGCAAAGGAUGUCUACCCGAAAACCUCAAAGUACCUCAGCUAAAAUAAUUAAAUUUCACGAUGUUCAGGAUCCAAUAUACGGCAUGCUUAGCCCCUUAUCACCUCAUCCAGUGAUUAUCCGACACCGUCAAUACCCUUCCCUUCAUCACUACUUCCUUUGUGAACGUUUCAAGGACUUCUCAAUAGAGCAGCGCAUUCAACGGGCCACCACAACAUGGGAGUUGGAUCGUCUUGUUAAGGAGGCUGAAGCCAAAGGCCACCAACGAGCGCAGUGGAACCGCAUCAAAUUAGAUGUGAUGCUAUUAGGCACUUAUUUUAAAUUUAAACAAAAUGAGGAGCCUAGAAAAAUUCUUCUGGGAACGGAACAGGGGGUUUUGGUGGACCACACUGUAAAAGACGACUUUUGGGGUGACAAUGGCAAUGGCACAGGAAAAAAUCUAAUGGGUGUAACACUUAUGGUGGUACGUGACCGUUUGCGUCGCGAGGAAAGCCAUCAAUCUGCUGUCAAUGCUUCAAAAGAAAGUGCAAAGAAGUCAGGUCUUCGCGCCCUCCGGGAUGUUAUGACUUCUCGUCAACUCGCACGCUAGCUUUGAUUGAUCACUUUAUUUUAGUCAUUAAAUAUCUUCGUAUUUCCUUCUUUUCGUGUGAAUGUGUGUGUGUGUAUUGUAAUGUAGAGAGUUAAAUGUAACUUUAGCUGAGUCAAAAAAAGCGUAUUCUAUACAGUAUUAUAACCUCUACAACAAUCCGCUUUAAAUAUAUAUAUAUCAAUCACGCUAUCGAAUAUAUACACAUAUAUAUAUAUAUAAGUAGAGCUUUUAUUUUUUCAAAGUCUCUCCUUUUUAUCUGAAAUGCAUUUCUUAUUAACUUUUGUGUCGUGUGGAUAUCGUCUUCAAAGAUAGCUUCCACUAAAGAUCUAAAAUCCGAGUAAAAUUAAUUUAUAAAAGUUAGAAUUUUUUGUUCUAAUAAAAAAGUUAAUUAAAGCAACUUUUUUUUUACCAAAUAACUAAAGAUAUUUUCAAGCACCUUCUGGCGUUUAUUCCAGUGAUUUCACUGUUAAAUAAAUAUGUCUUGACAGAAUAUAAAGUGGCCUCGAAGGUGUUCAUUAACAUCGUUAUUGGUGGUGAAAAGGAUGGACGGAAUGUGAUAGGUCUUUCUGAUAAGGAAACACCAUGUACCACAGAAAACUUUAACUAUCUAUGCAUCUGUAAAAAAAGGGUUUGGAUACAAAAACUCUAGUUUUCAUCGAGUUAUUCGGAAUUUUUUGAUUCGGGACUUUGACAUCAUUAAAUUCAAUAGGGUCACUGGCAAAUCAACCUACAGGAUAACUUAGCUGAAAGUUUCAAGGUAAAAUACCUCGUAGAUGCACUGUUCAUGGCAAACUCUGUUUGAAACAUGAACAGCUCCCAUUUUUUUAAAUUACAACUACUCCCACACCAUCGUUGGAUGAACGUCUCGUCGUGUUUGGCAAAGUCUGGAGGGCAUGGAUGUUUUGAAGACGAUUGAAAAUACUGAGACAGGAAAAUAGAUCCCCUAAAAAAAAAAGUGGCAAUCCUUGAUCUUAAAAUUUCAUAAUAUAUAUUAAUAUCCAGAAUAAAAAAGGAAGAUAUUGGUAAAAAAAAAGGCUCAUGUUUUAUCGUUUUGCAUCUAAUUAUUUUAAACAUGGUCAGUACACUCAAUAACAA